UUAAAUUUUUUUGACAUUUACCGAGUGACACAAAAUACGACACGUCUACUUUUUGUUUAUUUCGCCCGAGUGGCUGUUUUUUCCACAAUUAGGCCUAGUUUUAAUUGCUAAUUACACUUAAACUAGUGUAUGUUUAUUUAUUUAUCGUCUUUGGACCUUAUACAGUCUAAAAAUGACGAGCGUCGAACAGCCCUGUUACACCCUGAUCAAUGUGUCUUCGGAUACAGAGCCCUACAACGAGAUGCAUUUGAAAAGCGAUCUCGAGAAGGGCGAUACAGACCAAAAGGUCGAAGCAUUAAAGAAGAUAAUUCGAAUGAUCUUGGCAGGUGAAAGAUUACCUCCAGGUUUCCUCAUGAUGAUUAUUCGCUACGUUCUUCCUUUGCAAGACCACACAGCUAAAAAACUCCUACUUAUAUUCUGGGAAAUUGUCCCUAAAACUACACCCGAUGGCAAGCUUCUGCAAGAAAUGAUUCUAGUUUGUGACGCUUACAGAAAAGACUUACAACACCCUAACGAGUUCUUACGCGGUUCCACCUUGAGAUUUCUCUGCAAGCUGAAAGAACCAGAGCUUCUUGAACCUUUAAUGCCUUCAAUAAGAGCUUGUUUAGAACACAGACAUAGCUACGUUAGGAGAAACGCAGUGCUUGCUAUUUUUACAAUAUACAGGAACUUUGAGUUUCUUAUACCCGAUGCUCCAGAACUGAUAUCAACUUAUUUAGAUGGAGAACAGGAUAUGUCUUGUAAAAGAAAUGCGUUUUUGAUGUUGCUGCAUGCCGAUCAGGAUAGGGCACUGUCUUAUUUGAGUUCUUGUCUCGAUCAAGUCACUUCUUUUGGAGAUAUUCUUCAGUUAGUUAUAGUGGAGUUGAUAUACAAGGUGUGCCAUUCAAAUCCCACAGAAAGAUCAAGAUUUAUCAGGUGUAUUUAUAAUUUACUUAACUCAAGUAGUGCGGCUGUUAGGUAUGAAGCUGCAGGUACUCUUAUAACUCUAUCCAGUGCACCUACAGCUAUUAAAGCUGCUGCUUCAUGUUAUAUUGAUCUUAUCAUCAAGGAAAGCGAUAAUAAUGUUAAACUUAUUGUCCUGGACAAACUAGUAACUCUAGGGGAACAUCCAAACUAUAACAGAGUUCUUCAGGACUUGGUAAUGGAUAUUUUAAGAGUUUUAUCUAGUCCGGACCUGGAAGUAAGAAGAAAAACCUUAAAUCUAGCCAUGGAGCUGGUUAAUUCCAGGAAUAUUGAAGAAAUGGUCUUGUUCUUGAAGAAAGAAGUAUCAAAAACCCUUGACUCUGAGCAUGAAGAUACAGGAAAAUACCGACAACUCUUGGUCAGGACCUUGCAUUCUUGCUGUAUAAAGUUUCCUGAUGUUGCUGCCACAGUUAUACCGAUUUUGGUAGAGUUUUUGUCAGAUAAUAACGAGCUAGCUGCCGCAGAUGUGUUAGUUUUUGUAAGAGAGGCCAUACAAAAGUUCGAGGCACUUAGACCACUUAUUAUUGAGAAACUUCUUGAAGCUUUCAAGGAUAUAAAAUCAGUGAAAGUCCAUAGGGCUGCCCUGUGGAUUCUUGGAGAGUAUGCUACAUCGGUUGCUGAUAUAGAGUCAGUCAUAAAAGAGGUGACAUAUACAUUGGGCGAGGGUUCUUUUGUUGUAGCCGAACACAGACUCAAUCAAGGCGAAGUAGACGAAAAAGAAAUAGAAAACAUAGGAAACGGUCCUGUCGUGACUACUCUAGUGACGUCAGACGGUACCUACGCCACUCAGUCGGCGUUUAACACUGUUCAGAAAUCGAAAAAAGAAAGACCGCCUUUAAGGCAGUACCUUAUGGACGGAGAUUUCUUCAUUGGAGCUUCUCUGGCUUCAACUUUGACCAAACUGGCUUUGAGAUUUGGUCAGCUGGUUUCUGCAGAAAGAACCAACAGAUUCGACGCAGAAGUCAUGUUGAUUAUGGCGGGGAUACUGCAUUUGGGCCAAUCAGGCUUGCCAACCAAAUCGAUCACAAACGACGACAGGGACCAUAUCUUGCUCUGCCUGAAGGUAGUCUCUGACAGAUCGCCUGUCAUAGUUCAGAUCUUUACCGACUAUUGUAGGAAGGCCCUGAACGACAUGCUAUUGGCCAAAGAGCGCGAGGAAGCGUCAAAUCAGAAGGCCAAAGAAAAAACAGGGCACAAAAUUCAAACGGACGACCCGAUCAAUUUCAUUCAGUUGGAGACUGAUAAGGGUGGCGAAUUGGGGGAAAAUGUAUUCGAAACGUCGUUAUCUCAAGCUCUGAUUGGAGGAAGAGCCGCAGGCGGGGACACUGGUUUGGGUCCAAAUAAACUGGACAAAGUCACCCAACUCACAGGUUUCUCAGAUCCGGUAUAUUCAGAGGCGUACGUUCACGUGAAUCAGUACGAUAUCGUCUUGGACGUACUGAUCGUGAAUCAGACCAACGACACGUUGCAAAAUUGUACUUUAGAGCUGGCAACGUUGGGCGACUUGAAGUUGGUCGAAAAACCUCAACCCGUGGUUCUGGCGCCUAAAGAUUUCUGUAACAUCAAAGCAAACGUUAAGGUUGCUUCCACUGAAAACGGUAUUAUUUUCGGCAACAUUGUCUAUGACGUCACCGGUGCCGCGUCUGACAGAAAUGUGGUGGUUUUGAAUGAUAUACACAUCGAUAUAAUGGACUACAUAGUACCAGCGAGUUGUACCGACACAGAGUUUAUGCGCAUGUGGGCGGAGUUUGAGUGGGAGAACAAGGUAACUGUCAACACGUCGUUGACAGAUCUGAACGAAUACCUGAAACACCUGAUCAAGAGUACCAACAUGAAGUGUCUCACGCCGGAAAAAGCGCUGUCAGGCCAGUGCGGUUUCAUGGCUGCCAACAUGUACGCCAAAUCUAUUUUUGGUGAAGACGCUUUGGCCAAUUUGAGUAUAGAAAAACCCUUUAACAAACCAGAAGCUCCUGUACAGGGUCAUAUCAGGAUAAGGGCCAAAAGUCAGGGUAUGGCUUUGAGUUUAGGAGAUAAAAUAAACAGUAGUCAAAAGGCUGGACUUCAAACUAAAGUUGCGGCGGCAUAAUAAAAAUAAAUAUUUUGCAUAAAUUGUAUAAGUGAAAUAAAUUGUAUUAUUACUGUUUUUA